CUUCAAAUAUUUCGAAGUCGCAAAAUACACUUCUUAAACCAAAAAAAAAAAAAACAUUGCAUAUAACAGAACUUCGAUGCUCGCAAACUACUGUAACUACCUUGAUACAGAACAGGAUGCUGACGUGAAAGUAAGUGAAUGUAGCCACAGCAACUUUCACAAUAUGACAUUUGGAGCAGUUUCAAGCUCAUUCCAAAUCUAACCAGCGCCCAAGAUAGAACGUUUCGGAUUUCGGUGCAAAUAUUAUUUUAUACUGGUUAACUGUGCAUUUUACAGUGAAUGUUAGGAGCUAGAAAUUCACUAUGUGUCGAAAAUAUUUAUUAUAUAUUUUCAUAUUACUUGAUUGCGAACUACUGAAGCCGGCUGUAAUAAUGUCAGGAUUCAGAAAACACGGUUUACACGGAAUAAAUUAUGGAUUACAUGGAUUACAUGGAAUACAAUUCAUACAUUACGGUCCAGGGAUACAUAACUUGUUUACUUAUAUCCCUGCUAUAACGUCAUCAACGCAAUAUACAACAACUACCAUAGCUUCAACGACCAGUGUCGCCACAUCUACAACUACUGGAUUAACGACUACAACUCCGGCCACAACAUCAACAACUGUUGAAUCAAUAACUACAACAGGAGUUGCAUCGACGACAACAACCGUCCCAUCGACAACGAGUGUGGCCACAACUACAACAGAAGUUGCAUUAACAACAACAACCAUCCCUUCAACAACGAGUGAAGCAUCAUCAACAACUACAGAAUUAACAACUACAACUCCGGCCACAACAUCCACAACUGUUGAAUCAAUAACUACAACAGGAGUUUCAUCAACAACAACCGUCCCUUCAACAACGAGUGUGGCCACAACAUCAACAACUACUGGUCUAACGACUACAACUCCGACCAUAACAUCCACAACUACAACAGAAAUUGCAUUAACAACAACAGCCAUCCCUUCAACAACAAGUGCAGCAACAUCAACAACUACAGAAUUAACAACUACAACUCCGGCCACAACAUCUACAACUGUUGAAUCAAUAACUACAACAGGAGUUUCAUCAACAACAACCGUCCCUUCAACAACGAGUGUGGCCACAGUAUCAACAACUACUGGAUUAACGACUACAACUUCGGCCACAACAUCAACAACUGUUGAAUCAAUAACUACAACAGGAGCUGCAUCAACAACAACAACCAUACCUUCAACAACGAGUGAGGCCACAACUACAACAGAAGUUGCAUUAACAACAACAACCAUCCCUUCAACAACGAGUGAAGCAACAUCAACAACUACAGAAUUAACAACUACAACUCCGGCAACAACAUCUACAACUACUGGAUUAACAACUACAACUCCGGCCACAACAUCUACAACUGUUGAAUCAACAACUACAACAGGAACUGCACUAACAACAACAACCGUACCUUCAACAACGAGUGUGGCCACAACAUCAACAACUACUGGUCUAACGACUACAACUCUGGCCACAACAUUCACAACUAAAGAAUCAACAACUACCACAGGAGAUGAAUCAACGACAACAACUGAAGGCAUCACUACAACAACCCCUGAAUCAACGACAACAACUGAAGGCAUCACUUCAACUACACCUGAAUCAACGACAACAACUGAAGGCACAACAUCAACAACACCUGAAUCAAUAACCACAACUGCAAGUAUCACUUCAACAACAUCUGAAUCAACAACAACUGAAGGCAUCACUUCAACAACAUCUGAACCAUCGACAACAACUGAAGGAAUCACUUCAACAACACCUGAAUCAACAACCACGACUGAAAGCAUCACUUCAACAACAUCUGAAUCAACGACAACUGAAGGCAUCACUUCAACAACAUCUGAAUCAACGACAACAACUGAAGGUAUCACUUCAACCACAACAGAAUCAACAACCACAACUGAAAGCAUCACUUCAACUACACCUGAAUCAACGACAACAACUGAAAGUAUCACUUCAACCACACCAGAAUCAACGACAACAACUGAAGGCAUCACUUCAACCACACCAGAAUCAACAACCACAACUGAAGGCAUCACUACAACAACCCCUGAAUCAACGACAACAACUGAAAGCAUCACUUCAACAACAUCUGAAUCAACGACAACAACUGAAGGUAUCACUUCAACCACAACAGAAUUAACGACAACAACUGAAGGCAUCACUUCAACCACACCAGAAUCAACAACCACAACUGAAAGCAUCACUACAACAACCCCUGAAUCAACGACAACAACUGAAGGCAUCACUUCAACUACACCUGAAUCAACGACAACAACUGAAGGAAUCACUUCAACAACAUCUGAAUCAACGACAACAACUGAAGGUAUCACUUCAACCACAACAGAAUCAACAACAACAACUGAAGGCAUCACUACAACAACACCUGAAUCAACGACAACAACUGAAAGCAUCACUUCAACAACAUCUGAAUCAACGACAACAACUGAAGGCAUCACUUCAACUACACCAGAAUCAACAACCACAACUGAAGGCAUCACUACAACACCUGAAUCAACGACAACAACUGAAAGUAUCACUUCAACAACACCAGAAUCAACGACAACAACUGAAGGCAUCACUUCAACAACAUCUGAAUCAACGACAACAACUGAAAGUAUCACUUCAACCACACCAGAAUCAACAACCACAACUGAAGGCAUCACUACAACAACCCCUGAAUCAACGACAACAACUGAAGGCAUCACUUCAACUACACCUGAAUCAACGACAACAACUGAAGGAAUCACUUCAACAACAUCUGAAUCAACGACAACAACUGAAGGUAUCACUUCAACCACAACAGAAUCAACAACCACAACUGAAGGCAUCACUACAACAACACCUGAAUCAACGACAACAACUGAAAGCAUCACUUCAACAACAUCUGAAUCAACGACAACAACUGAAGGCAUCACUUCAACUACACCAGAAUCAACAACCACAACUGAAGGCAUCACUACAACAACACCUGAAUCAACGACAACAACUGAAAGUAUCACUUCAACAACACCAGAAUCAACGACAACAGCUGAAGGCACAACAUCAACAACGACUGAAUCAACAACCACGACUGAAAGCAUCACUUCAACAACUUCUGAAUCAACGACAACUGAAGGCAUCACUUCAACAACAUCUGAAUCAACGACAACAACUGAAAGUAUCACUUCAACCACACCAGAAUCAACGACAACAACUGAAGGCAUCACUUCAACCACACCAGAAUCAACAACCACAACUGAAGGCAUCACUACAACAACCCCUGAAUCAACGACAACAACUGAAGGCAUCACUUCAACUACACCUGAAUCAACGACAACAACUGAAGGUAUCACUUCAACCACAACAGAAUCAACAACCACAACUGAAGGCAUGACUACAACAACACCAGAAUCAACGACAACAACUGAAGGCAUCACUUCAACCACACCAGAAUCAACAACCACAACUGAAGGCAUCACUUCAACUACACCUGAGUCAACGACAACAACUGAAGGCACAACAUCAACAACGCCUGAAUCAACAACCACAACUGAAAGCAUCACUUCAACUACACCAGAAUCAUCGACAACAACUGAAGGCACCACUUCAACUACACUUGAAUCAACGACAACAACUGAAAGCAUCACUACAACGACACCUGAAUCAACAACCACAACUGAUAGCACCACAUCAACAACACCUGAAUCAACGACAACAACUGAAAGCAUCACUACAACAGAAAGCAUCACUACAACAACACCUGAAUCAACAACCACAACUGAAGGCACAACAUCAACAACGCCUGAAUCAACAACCACAACUGAAAGCAUCACUUCAACUACACCAGAAUCAACGACAACAACUACACUUGAAUCAACGACAACAACUGAAAGCAUCACUACAACAACACCUGAAUCAACAACCACAACUGAUAGCACCACUUCAACAACACCUGAAUCAACGACAACAACUGAAAGCAUCACUACAACAACACCUGAAUCAACAACCACAACUGAAGGCACCACUUCAACAACACCUGAAUCAACGACAACAACUGAAGGCACAACAUCAAUAACGCCUGAAUCAACAACCACAACUGAAAGCAUCACUUCAACUACACCAGAAUCAACGACAACAACUGAAAGCAUCACUACAACAACACCUGAACCAACAACCACAACUGAAAGCAUCACUUCAACUACACCUGAAUCAACGACAACAACUGAAGGCACAACAUCAACAACACCUGAAUCAAUAACCACAACUGCAAGUAUCACUUCAACAACAUCUGAAUCAACAACAACUGAAGGCAUCACUUCAACCACACCAGAUAUAACAACAACAACUGAUAGCACCACUUCAACAACACCUGAGUCAACGACAACAACUGAAGGAACAACAUCAACAACACCUGAAUCAACAACCACAACUGAAAGCAUCACUUCAACUACACCAGAAUCAACGACAACAACUGAAGGCAUCACUUCAACCACAACAGAAUCAACAACCACAACUGAAAGCAUCACUUCAACUACACCAGAAUCAACGACAACAACUGAAAGCAUCACUACAACAACACCUGAAUCAACAACCAAGACUGAAAGCAUCACUUCAACAACACCAGAAUCAACGACAACAACUGAAGGUAUCACUUCAACCACAACAGAAUCAACAACCACAACUGAAAGCAUCACUUCAACAACAUCUGAAUCAACGACAACUGAAGGCAUCACUUCAACAACAUCUGAAUCAACGACAACAACUGAAGGCAUCACUUCAACCACAACUGAAAGCAUCACUUCAACUACACCUGAAUCAACGACAACAACUGAAGGCACAACAUCAACAACGCCUGAAUCAACAACCACAACUGAAAGCAUCACUUCAACUACACCAGAAUCAUCGACAACAGCUGAAGUAAUCACUUCAACUACACCUGAAUCAACGACAAAAACUGAAGGCAUCACUUCAACUACACCAGAAUCAACAACCACAACUGAAAGCAUCACUUCAACUACACCUGAAUCAACGACAACUGAAGGCACAACAUCAACAACGCCUGAAUCAACAACCACAACUGAAAGCAUCACUUCAACUACACCAGAAUCAACGACAACAACUGAAAGCAUCACUACAACAACACCUGAAUCAACAACCCCAACUGAAAGCAUCACUUCAACUACACCAGAAUCAACAACCACAACUGAUAGCACCACUUCAACAACAAUUGAAUCAACGACAACAACUGAAGGCACAACAUCAACAACACCUGAAUCAACAACCACAACUGAAAGCAUCACUACAACAACACCUGAAUCAACAACCACAACUGAUAGCACCACUUCAACAACACCUGAAUCAACGACAACAACUGAAGGCACCACUUCAACAACAAUUGAAUCAACGACAACAACUGAAGGCACAACAUCAACAACACCUGAAUCAACAACCACAACUGAAAGCAUCACUACAACAACACCUGAAUCAACAACCACAACUGAUAGCACCACUUCAACAACACCUGAAUCAACGACAACAACUGAAGGCACCACUUCAACAACACCUGAAUCAACAGCCACAACUGAAAGCAUCACUUCAACUACACCAGAAUCAACAACCACAACUGAAAGCAUCACUUCAACUACACCUGAAUCAACGACAACAACUGAAGGCACAACAUCAACAACGCCUGAAUCAACAACCACAACUGAAAGCAUCACUACAACAACACCUGAAUCAACGACCACAACUGAUAGCACCACUUCAACAACACCUGAAUCAACGACAACAACUGAAGGCACCACUUCAACUACACUUGAAUCAACGACAACAACUGAAAGCAUCACUACAACAACACCUGAAUCAACAACCACAUUUGAUAGCACCACUUCAACAACACCUGAAUCAACGACAACAACUGAAAGCAUCACUACAACAACACCUGAAUCAACAACCACAACUGAAGGCACCACUUCAACUACACCUGAAUCAACGACCACAACUGAAAGCAUCACUACAACAACACCUGAAUCAACAACCACAACUGAAGGCACAACAUCAACAACGCCUGAAUCAACAACCACAACUGAAAGCAUCACUUCAACUACACCAGAAUCAACGUCAACAACCACAACUGAAAGCAUCACUUCAACUACACCUGAAUCAACGACAACAACUGAAGGCACAACAUCAACAACACCUGAAUCAAUAACCACAACUGCAAGUAUCACUUCAACAACAUCUGAAUCAACAACAACUGAAGGCAUCACUUCAACCACACCAGAUAUAACAACAACAACUGAUAGCACCACUUCAACAACACCUGAGUCAACGACAACAACUGAAGGAACAACACCUGAAUCAACAACCACAACUGAAAGCAUCACUUCAACUACACCAGAAUCAACGACAACAACUGAAGGCAUCACUUCAACAACACAAGAAUCAACAACCACAACUGAAAGCAUCACUUCAACUACACCAGAAUCAACGACAACAACUGAAGGCAUCACUUCAACCACAACAGAAUCAACAACCACAACUGAAAGCAUCACUUCAACUAUACCUGAAUCAACGACAACAACUGAAGGCACAACAUCAACAACGCCUGAAUCAACAACCACAACUGAAAGCAUCACUUCAACUAUACCAGAAUCAACGACAACAACUGAAAGCAUCACUACAACAACACCUGAAUCAACGACAAAAACUGAAGGCAUCACUUCAACUACACCAGAAUCAACAACCACAACUGAAAGCAUCACUUCAACUACACCUGAAUCAACGACAACAACUGAAGGCACAACAUCAACAACGCCUGAAUCAACAACCACAACUGAAAGCAUCACUUCAACUACACCAGAAUCAUCGACAACAACUGAAGGCAUCACUUCAACUACACCUGAAUCAACGACAACUGAAGGCACAACAUCAACAACGCCUGAAUCAACAACCACAACUGAAAGCAUCACUUCAACUACACCUGAAUCAACGACAAAAACUGAAGGCAUCACUUCAACUACACCAGAAUCAACAACCACAACUGAAAGCAUCACUUCAACUACACCUGAAUCAACGACAACUGAAGGCACAACAUCAACAACGCCUGAAUCAACAACCACAACUGAAAGCAUCACUUCAACUACACCAGAAUCAACGACAACAACUGAAAGCAUCACUACAACAACACCUGAAUCAACAACCACAACUGAAAGCAUCACUUCAACUACACCAGAAUCAACAACCACAACUGAUAGCACCACUUCAACAACAAUUGAAUCAACGACAACAACUGAAGGCACAACAUCAACAACACCUGAAUCAACAACCACAACAACAACACCUGAAUCAACAAUCACAACUGAUAGCACCACUUCAACUACACCUGAAUCAACGACAACAACUGAAGGCACAACAUCAACAACGCCUGAAUCAACAACCACAACUGAAAGCAUCACUACAACAACACCUGAAUCAAUAACCACAACUGAUAGCACCACUUCAACAACACCUGAAUCAACGACAACAACUGAAGGCACCACUUCAACUACACCUGAAUCCACGACAACAACUGAAAGCAUCACUACAACAACACCUGAAUCAACAACCACAACUGAUAGCACCACUUCAACAACACCUGGAUCAACGACAACAACUGAAGGCACCACUUCAACUACACCUGAAUCCACGACAACAACUGAAAGCAUCACUACAACAACACCUGAAUCAACAACCACAACUGAUAGCACCACUUCAACAACACCUGAAUCAACGACAACAACUGAAGGCACCACUUCAACAACACCUGAAUCAACAACCACAACUGAAAGCAUCACUUCAACUACACCAGAAUCAACAACCACAACUGAAAGCAUCACUUCAACUACACCUGAAUCAACGACAACAACUGAAGGCACAACAUCAACAACUGAAGGUAUCACUUCAACCACAACAGAAUCAACAACCACAACUGAAAGCAUCACUUCAACAACAUCUGAAUCAACGACAACUGAAGGCAUCACUUCAACAACAUCUGAAUCAACGACAACAACUGAAGGCAUCACUUCAACCACACCAGAAUCAACAACCACAACUGAAAGCAUCACUUCAACUACACCUGAAUCAACGACAACUGAAGGCACAACAUCAACAACGCCUGAAUCAACAACCACAACUGAAAGCAUCACUUCAACUACACCAGAAUCAACGACAGCAACUGAAAGCAUCACUACAACAACACCUGAAUCAACAACCACAACUGAAAGCAUCACUUCAACUACACCAGAAUCAACAACCACAACUGAUAGCACCACUUCAACAACAAUUGAAUCAACGACAACAACUGAAGGCACAACAUCAACAACACCUGAAUCAACAACCACAACUGAAAGCAUCACUACAACAACACCUGAAUCAACAACCACAACUGAUAGCACCACUUCAACAACACCUGAAUCAACGACAACAACUGAAGGCACCACUUCAACAACACCUGAAUCAACAACCACAACUGAAAGCAUCACUUCAACUACACCAGAAUCAACAACCACAACUGAAAGCAUCACUUCAACUACACCUGAAUCAACGACAACAACUGAAGGCACAACAUCAACAACGCCUGAAUCAACAACCACAACUGAAAGCAUCACUACAACAACAUCUGAAUCAACGACCACAACUGAUAGCACCACUUCAACAACACCUGAAUCAACGACAACAACUGAAGGCACCACUUCAACUACACUUGAAUCAACGACAACAACUGAAAGCAUCACUACAACAACACCUGAAUCAACAAUCACAUUUGAUAGCACCACUUCAACAACACCUGAAUCAACGACAACAACUGAAAGCAUCACUACAACAACACCUGAAUCAACAACCACAACUGAAGGCACCACUUCAACUACACCUGAAUCAACGACCACAACUGAAAGCAUCACUACAACAACACCUGAAUCAACAACCACAACUGAAGGCACAACAUCAACAACGCCUGAAUCAACAACCACAACUGAAAGCAUCACUUCAACUACACCAGAAUCAACGACAACAACUGAAAGCAUCACUACAACAACACCUGAAUCAACAACCACAACUGAAGGCACCACUUCAACUACACCUGAAUCAACGACCACAACUGAAAGCAUCACUACAACAACACCUGAAUCAACAACCACAACUGAAGGCACAACAUCAACAACGCCUGAAUCAACAACCACAACUGAAAGCAUCACUUCAACUACACCAGAAUCAUCGACAACAGCUGAAGUAAUCACUUCAACUACACCUGAAUCAACGACAAAAACUGAAGGCAUCACUUCAACUACACCAGAAUCAACAACCACAACUGAAAGCAUCACUUCAACUACACCUGAAUCAACGACAACUGAAGGCACAACAUCAACAACGCCUGAAUCAACAACCACAACUGAAAGCAUCACUUCAACUACACCAGAAUCAACGACAACAACUGAAAGCAUCACUACAACAACACCUGAAUCAACAACCACAACUGAAAGCAUCACUUCAACUACACCAGAAUCAACAACCACAACUGAUAGCACCACUUCAACAACAAUUGAAUCAACGACAACAACUGAAGGCACAACAUCAACAACACCUGAAUCAACAACCACAACUGAAAGCAUCACUACAACAACACCUGAAUCAACAACCACAACUGAUAGCACCACUUCAACAACACCUGAAUCAACGACAACAACUGAAGGCACCACUUCAACAACACCUGAAUCAACAACCACAACUGAAAGCAUCACUUCAACUACACCAGAAUCAACAACCACAACUGAAAGCAUCACUUCAACUACACCUGAAUCAACGACAACAACUGAAGGCACAACAUCAACAACGCCUGAAUCAACAACCACAACUGAAAGCAUCACUACAACAACAUCUGAAUCAACGACCACAACUGAUAGCACCACUUCAACAACACCUGAAUCAACGACAACAACUGAAGGCACCACUUCAACUACACUUGAAUCAACGACAACAACUGAAAGCAUCACUACAACAACACCUGAAUCAACAAUCACAUUUGAUAGCACCACUUCAACAACACCUGAAUCAACGACAACAACUGAAAGCAUCACUACAACAACACCUGAAUCAACAACCACAACUGAAGGCACCACUUCAACUACACCUGAAUCAACGACCACAACUGAAAGCAUCACUACAACAACACCUGAAUCAACAACCACAACUGAAGGCACAACAUCAACAACGCCUGAAUCAACAACCACAACUGAAAGCAUCACUUCAACUACACCAGAAUCAACGUCAACAACCACAACUGAUAGCACCACUUCAACAACACCUGAAUCAACGACAACAACUGAAGGCACCACUUCAACAACACCUGAAUCAACAACCACAACUGAAAGCAUCACUUCAACUACACCAGAAUCAACAACCACAACUGAAAGCAUCACUUCAACUACACCUGAAUCAACGACAACAACUGAAGGCACAACAUCAACAACGCCUGAAUCAACAACCACAACUGAAAGCAUCACUACAACAACAUCUGAAUCAACGACCACAACUGAUAGCACCACUUCAACAACACCUGAAUCAACGACAACAACUGAAGGCACCACUUCAACUACACUUGAAUCAACGACAACAACUGAAAGCAUCACUACAACAACACCUGAAUCAACAAUCACAUUUGAUAGCACCACUUCAACAACACCUGAAUCAACGACAACAACUGAAAGCAUCACUACAACAACACCUGAAUCAACAACCACAACUGAAGGCACCACUUCAACUACACCUGAAUCAACGACCACAACUGAAAGCAUCACUACAACAACACCUGAAUCAACAACCACAACUGAAAGCAUCACUACAACAACACCUGAAUCAACAACCACAACUGAUAGCACCACUUCAACAACACCUGGAUCAACGACAACAACUGAAAGCAUCACUACAACAACACCUGAAUCAACAACCACAACUGAAAGCAUCACUUCAACUACACCUGAAUCAACGACAACAACUGAAGGCACAACAUCAACAACACCUGAAUCAAUAACCACAACUGCAAGUAUCACUUCAACAACAUCUGAAUCAACAACAACUGAAGGCAUCACUUCAACCACACCAGAUAUAACAACAACAACUGAUAGCACCACUUCAACAACACCUGAGUCAACGACAACAACUGAAGGAACAACAUCAACAACACCUGAAUCAACAACCACAACUGAAAGCAUCACUUCAACUACACCAGAAUCAACGACAACAACUGAAGGCAUCACUUCAACAACACAAGAAUCAACAACCACAACUGAAAGCAUCACUUCAACUACACCAGAAUCAACGACAACAACUGAAGGCAUCACUUCAACCACAACAGAAUCAACAACCACAACUGAAAGCACCACUUCAACUAUACCUGAAUCAACGACAACAACUGAAGGCACAACAUCAACAACGCCUGAAUCAACAACCACAACUGAAAGCAUCACUUCAACUACACCAGAAUCAACGACAACAACUGAAAGCAUCACUACAACAACACCUGAAUCAACAACCAAGACUGAAAGCAUCACUUCAACAACACCAGAAUCAACGACAACAACUGAAGGUAUCACUUCAACCACAACAGAAUCAACAACCACAACUGAAAGCAUCACUUCAACAACAUCUGAAUCAACGACAACUGAAGGCAUCACUUCAACAACAUCUGAAUCAACGACAACAACUGAAGGCAUCACUUCAACCACACCAGAAUCAACAACCACAACUGAAAGCAUCACUUCAACUACACCUGAAUCAACGACAACAACUGAUAGCACCACUUCAACUACACCUGAAUCAACGACAACAACUGAAAGCAUCACUACAACAACACCUGAAUCAACAACCACAACUGAAAGCAUCACUUCAACUACACCUGAAUCAUCGACAACAACUGAAGGCACAACAUCAACAACACCUGAAUCAAUAACCACAACUGCAAGUAUCACUUCAACAACAUCUGAAUCAACAACAACUGAAGGCAUCACUUCAACCACACCAGAUAUAACAACAACAACUGAUAGCACCACUUCAACAACACCUGAGUCAACGACAACAACUGAAGGAACAACAUCAACAACACCUGAAUCAACAACCACAACUGAAAGCAUCACUUCAACUACACCAGAAUCAACGACAACAACUGAAGGCAUCACUUCAACAACACAAGAAUCAACAACCACAACUGAAAGCAUCACUUCAACUACACCAGAAUCAACGACAACAACUGAAGGCAUCACUUCAACCACAACAGAAUCAACAACCACAACUGAAAGCACCACUUCAACUAUACCUGAAUCAACGACAACAACUGAAGGCACAACAUCAACAACGCCUGAAUCAACAACCACAACUGAAAGCAUCACUUCAACUACACCAGAAUCAACGACAACAACUGAAAGCAUCACUACAACAACACCUGAAUCAACAACCAAGACUGAAAGCAUCACUUCAACAACACCAGAAUCAACGACAACAACUGAAGGUAUCACUUCAACCACAACAGAAUCAACAACCACAACUGAAAGCAUCACUUCAACAACAUCUGAAUCAACGACAACUGAAGGCAUCACUUCAACAACAUCUGAAUCAACGACAACAACUGAAGGCAUCACUUCAACCACACCAGAAUCAACAACCACAACUGAAAGCAUCACUUCAACUACACCUGAAUCAACGACAACAACUGAUAGCACCACUUCAACUACAUCUGAAUCAACGACAACAACUGAAAGCAUCACUACAACAACACCUGAAUCAACAACCACAACUGAAAGCAUCACUUCAACUACACCUGAAUCAACGACAACAACUGAAGGCACAACAUCAACAACACCUGAAUCAAUAACCACAACUGCAAGUAUCACUUCAACAACAUCUGAAUCAACAACAACUGAAAGCAUCACUACAACAACACCUGAAUCAACAACCAAGACUGAAAGCAUCACUUCAACAACACCAGAAUCAACGACAAAAACUGAAGGUAUCACUUCAACCACAACAGAAUCAACAACCACAACUGAAAGCAUCACUUCAACAACAUCUGAAUCAACGACAACUGAAGGCAUCACUUCAACAACAUCUGAAUCAAAGACAACAACUGAAGGCAUCACUUCAACCACACCAGAAUCAACAACCACAACUGAAAGCAUCACUUCAACUACACCUGAAUCAACGACAACAACUGAAGGCACAACAUCAACAACGCCUGAAUCAACAACCACAUUUGAAAGCAUCACUUCAACUACACCAGAAUCAUCGACAACAGCUGAAGUAAUCACUUCAACUACACCUGAAUCAACGACAAAAACUGAAGGCAUCACUUCAACUACACCAGAAUCAACAACCACAACUGAAAGCAUCACUUCAACUACACCUGAAUCAACGACAACUGAAGGCACAACAUCAACAACGCCUGAAUCAACAACCACAACUGAAAGCAUCACUUCAACUACACCAGAAUCAACGACAACAACUGAAAGCAUCACUACAACAACACCUGAAUCAACAACCACAACUGAAAGCAUCACUUCAACUACACCAGAAUCAACAACCACAACUGAUAGCACCACUUCAACAACAAUUGAAUCAACGACAACAACUGAAGGCACAACAUCAACAACACCUGAAUCAACAACCACAACUGAAAGCAUCACUACAAAAACACCUGAAUCAACAACCACAACUGAAAGCAUCACUUCAACAACAUCUGAAUCAACGACAACUGAAGGCAUCACUUCAACAACAUCUGAAUCAACGACAACAACUGAAGGCAUCACUUCAACCACACCAGAAUCAACAACCACAACUGAAAGCAUCACUUCAACUACACCUGAAUCAACGACAACUGAAGGCACAACAUCAACAACGCCUGAAUCAACAACCACAACUGAAAGCAUCACUUCAACUACACCAGAAUCAACGACAGCAACUGAAAGCAUCACUACAACAACACCUGAAUCAACAACCACAACUGAAAGCAUCACUUCAACUACACCAGAAUCAACAACCACAACUGAUAGCACCACUUCAACAACAAUUGAAUCAACGACAACAACUGAAGGCACAACAUCAACAACACCUGAAUCAACAACCACAACUGAAAGCAUCACUACAACAACACCUGAAUCAACAACCACAACUGAUAGCACCACUUCAACAACACCUGAAUCAACGACAACAACUGAAGGCACCACUUCAACAACACCUGAAUCAACAACCACAACUGAAAGCAUCACUUCAACUACACCAGAAUCAACAACCACAACUGAAAGCAUCACUUCAACUACACCUGAAUCAACGACAACAACUGAAGGCACAACAUCAACAACGCCUGAAUCAACAACCACAACUGAAAGCAUCACUACAACAACAUCUGAAUCAACGACCACAACUGAUAGCACCACUUCAACAACACCUGAAUCAACGACAACAACUGAAGGCACCACUUCAACUACACUUGAAUCAACGACAACAACUGAAAGCAUCACUACAACAACACCUGAAUCAACAAUCACAUUUGAUAGCACCACUUCAACAACACCUGAAUCAACGACAACAACUGAAAGCAUCACUACAACAACACCUGAAUCAACAACCACAACUGAAGGCACCACUUCAACUACACCUGAAUCAACGACCACAACUGAAAGCAUCACUACAACAACACCUGAAUCAACAACCACAACUGAAGGCACAACAUCAACAACGCCUGAAUCAACAACCACAACUGAAAGCAUCACUUCAACUACACCAGAAUCAUCAACAACCACAACUGAUAGCACCACUUCAACAACACCUGAAUCAACGACAACAACUGAAGGCACCACUUCAACAACACCUGAAUCAACAACCACAACUGAAAGCAUCACUUCAACUACACCAGAAUCAACAACCACAACUGAAAGCAUCACUUCAACUACACCUGAAUCAACGACAACAACUGAAGGCACAACAUCAACAACGCCUGAAUCAACAACCACAACUGAAAGCAUCACUACAACAACAUCUGAAUCAACGACCACAACUGAUAGCACCACUUCAACAACACCUGAAUCAACGACAACAACUGAAGGCACCACUUCAACUACACUUGAAUCAACGACAACAACUGAAAGCAUCACUACAACAACACCUGAAUCAACAAUCACAUUUGAUAGCACCACUUCAACAACACCUGAAUCAACGACAACAACUGAAAGCAUCACUACAACAACACCUGAAUCAACAACCACAACUGAAGGCACCACUUCAACUACACCUGAAUCAACGACCACAACUGAAAGCAUCACUACAACAACACCUGAAUCAACAACCACAACUGAAGGCACAACAUCAACAACGCCUGAAUCAACAACCACAACUGAAAGCAUCACUUCAACUACACCAGAAUCAACG